AGUAGAUGGUAGUUACUAGUAAUUUUUCCUUUUUUAAAGAAAAAGUAAAUGGAAGUUUUUGGUAAGAGAAAGUCAGAAAGAGGGCGCGUGUCUCACUCAGCGUCUCGGCGGCACUCUUUGAGAGCUGAGAACCCCGAGAGCCUGAGACUUUGAAUGAAUCUAACGAGCAAUCUACCUCCUCCCAUGGCCGUUAUUUUCAACCGCUUAUUUAUUGUUAACCUGCACACCCCCCUCUCGAGUCCAAUCUUCAACAACUGCUACUCUUCUCGCUUAAGCUUAACUGCUUGUGAUCCUUUCUCUGGAUCAGUUAAUAUUGACAGUGAGAGAACUGGGGGUGUGCUUAUUGCCCUCUCGAUUUCUGUGUUUCCCUCUCUCUUGCAGAAAUGAAGCAGUCACCGAGAAAACAAUCCGAGUGGAGUUGGGCUGAACUCUGUUGUUUCGGUUGCUCGUGCCUACAGCUCUUCUGGCCCAGAGUUGUUCUAAGGAAGUGGCUCAACAUUACCACGGAAGGUUCUGAUUACAGCGCAGAUACAGACGAAGAUAGCGACAACGAUUUUGAUCUCGAAGUUUUUGCAGAAUCCUAUUGGGGCAAGAAAGGGAAUGAAUUUCAAUUCUAUCCAAAUGGGACCUCUGAUACUUUUCCCAGGUUGAGGAGACAGAACUCAGAGACCCUUCGGUCUCAAUACAUAGACACCAAAGAACUCAAGAUUUGCAUUGGGACAUGGAAUGUUGGAGGGAAACUUCCACCUGAUGAUCUAGAUAUCAAAGAUUGGCUAGAUAUGGAUAAGCCUGCUGAUAUAUAUGUGCUUGGUUUUCAAGAGAUUGUCCCACUAAAUGCUGGGAACAUUUUUGGCGCUGAGGAUAGUCGCCCAGUUCCAAAAUGGGAGAGUAUCAUUCGUGAAACAUUGAAUAGAAUUCCACCAGUUAGAGAAAAGUUCAAGUGUUAUAGUGAUCCUCCUUCUCCAUCGAGGUUUAAGCCAUCAGCUGGAGUCCCAGAUAUUGAAGAUGAAAUACUGCCUGAAACUGAUAGUGAUAGCGAUGAGAUAGAGCAGCCAGUUGAUAAAGAAUGUGAUCAUUUUGAUGAAAUUGUGGAUGGACCCACCAUGAGUACAAACCAGUUAAAUGAUAUGACAGCUGUAAAUCAGACUGGACAUGCUAAUGCAGGAUCAUCCAUGGUUGAUGAUUUACAGAAACAGUUUCCUAAACAAAAGAGAUUGGAUAGAUUAAAUUGUUUCUCUGUAGAGAAUUCUAUUGGAAUUUCUGAAGCAUCAUUUUCCCAACAAAAAGGAAAACUGGCCAAAACACUUAGUGGGAGAGAAAGGAUUGGUUUGAGCUGGCCAGAGCCCCCAAUGGAAUUGCUAGCUAAGCAUGUUUUCAAUAAACAAACUCCCUUUAAAUCAGUUAAAUCUUUUGGAGCAUCUAAGUCUUUGAGGCUGCCUUAUUCUUUCAAGUCAACAUCUAUGAAUUGGAAUUAUAGAUGGUUAUCAGAGACAGCUUUGCUUGCAAAAUUUGAUCGGGAACCUUUAUUACAGCAGAAGAAAAGAUCACCAUUUGUAAGAAUAGUAAGUAAGCAAAUGGUAGGGAUAUUCCUUUCUAUAUGGGUUCGCAGAAGCUUGAGGAGACAUAUUCAAAACCUGAAGGUAUCUACUGUUGGCGUUGGUGUUAUGGGUUACAUUGGUAACAAGGGAUCCAUAUCUGUUAGCAUGUCUAUCUAUCAGACACUUUUCUGUUUCAUCUGUAGUCACCUAACAGCAGGUGAAAAAGAAGGGGAUGAACUUAAAAGAAAUGCUGAUGUACAAGAAAUACAUCGGAGGACAAACUUUCAUUCAGUUUCUGGUGUUGAAUUUCCAAAAUCCAUCCAUGACCAUGAAAGGAUAAUAUGGUUUGGAGAUCUGAACUACCGUAUCAACUUAUCAUAUGAGAAAACACUGGAGCUCAUCUCCAAAAACGAAUGGUCCGAGUUGGCUGAGAGGGACCAGCUUCUAAGAGAAAUAAGAGAAGGCCAUACAUUUGGUGGAUGGAUAGAAGGUACCUUAAAUUUUCCACCUACAUACAAAUAUGAGGACAAUUCAGAGAAGUACUGUGGAGAAGACCCAAAGGCUGGGAAGCGUACUCCAGCAUGGUGUGACCGUGUUCUUGCAUUUGGAAAUGGAAUGAGGCUAUUGACUUAUAAGAGGACUGAGCAGAUGCUUUCUGACCAUCGGCCUGUGACUGCCAUUUACAUGGCUGAGGUUGAGGUCUUCUGUCACAAAAAGCUACAAAGAGCUCUUACAUUGACAGAUGCAGAGCUAAAAGCUGAGGAAGUUAUGACAGAUAUAGAGGUUAACAGUGGGAUGAACCGUUCAAGAUUUGGAGAGGAUAUAUAAUUCAGAACAUUAUACAGAACGAAACUCUUUAAGAUAUACAUACUCGGGGUAGCGAGUGGUCUUCUUGACCCCCAGAGUUCUUACAUCUGUUAUUCAUUUUUAUACCCAUUCUUUGUUAUGAUCAUCAUGCUACAGAAGGUGUUAUGUUAUUAUCUUAAAUGUGUAUAUAUAAAUGCCCACAAAACUAUUGAAGUAAAUCCGUUGACAAAUGGCAUCCAGUGUGUUGUCAGUUGUCUCAACAUGUAUGUUUGUAUUGAAUAUGUUGUGACAUCUCAAUCUUAGGCUAUCAUCUCAACCUUUCUUUUA